CAAACACCAUCUUGCAUAGGGCCCCCACAAAGCUAGAAAGGACCCCGGCAGUAGGAAAGGCUCUAAUCGGCAUUCAGACCCUACAUCUACACUGUAUACACCGCCAUCUUGGCCUGGCCCAACACAAAGUUCAACAGCUGACUCUUCUCCUGUCUUUGGUGAGUUUAUUUAAAACCACAGAUUAAAAACCUCCUUAGUAAAAACCUCAGUAAAAUGAAGCUGUAUCUGUUGAGCUUAUGUGUUAUACUCAGUUUGUCCAGGAGAUGGUGCUCUGCACACACAGUGACAAGAAGUCUUAGUUGUGGCUAAGGGUAAAAGAGCUAGGAAGAGAUGAAAACGUCAGAAGAAGCUACACAAGCAACUGUGACUUCCUGUCUUUGUUCUCAGGUUAGUAAAGUGUUAAAAGCAUAUAAAAGCAGACUUAAAAUGUGCGGAAUACCAGCAGGUUAUGGAAGAGUAAAACAGAGUAUUUUUGCUAACUAUGAAUUCACAAGAAAGAGCAGGACAUCAUGGGAAACAAGAUUUAAAUUUAAAUUAUUAGAUUGUGUUUUUCUCUUUGUGUUCAAACAUUUUUGUGUUGGCUCAAAGGUGCCCAAAAGGAUUCCUGUACCUGGGAAGAAUGUCCCACGCUCUUUAGAUGAAGUCUACACAAGUUCAUGUGAGGUUUAGAAAAAAAUAAAAACACUUCCUUAAGUUUCAUUUCAGCUGGUAAUGACUAACGACAUAACCAUCUGGUAGCAAGCUUGUGAACUGUCCUGUCAUGUUUAACUCUUGGUUCUGGCUAGAAAAAAGUGCAUAUAGAAAGGAUUACAUAAUCUGGUGCUAAGAUACAAUAAUCCACGGAUCUUUCCUCCAUUUCCUUCUCAUUCUGACAUUACUGUCUGAAAGGUAAAUCCCAGCUAAACUGCUUUUUAUCUAGUGAUGUCCUCUGGUUCUUUGGAAAGCUUUUAAUUGUAACAAAAGCGUGUGUCAUCAGUGGUUUAUUUUUUCUGCUGCCAUUUCUUCCUUUUUAGCCCACUUCCUGUCAAACACUGUUGCGUUCGCUUCCGGUUUGAUGUCUGCCUUGAUGCUCACUUUUAUUGUGGCUUAAUUCUACCAAAACAAAUGAAAACACUAUUAGAUGGUACAAUGAUGUAACUUCAUCAAAUUUGAACCCAUAUUAUAUUAUGGAAACGAGGCAUGCUCAUUUUCUCUUGAGUGCUUGGAUUUAAAGAUUUAUUUGAGUGCAAUGAGAUUCUUACAAGGAAUUUUAUGUUUUAUUUAGUUGCACAAAAAAGAGGGAGUGGUGCUGUUUUGCAUGUAUUGCUAGCAGCAUCAAAAACAGCAUGCUCUUUGUUAAAGGAUAAAAAUCAUAUUUUUUUUCAGUUUGUUAGACCUGUGUUAAUGGAGUGAGAGACACACCACAAUGCUUUUCAUCCAAGACAUUCAAAUAGUUUUAUGAAAGUAUUUUAGAGAUUUAUCUAAUUAAUUAUAUUGCUACAUAAAUCUCCCUAAAUUUUCAAAAUUAUUUAUGGGACCUUGACGGAAAAAGGUUGAGAAAUGCUGGCGUAAGGGGAACUGUUUCAUGAGUCUCAUUCAUGUACUAGUAUUUCACCAAAAACGAAACUGAGCUUGCCCAUGGGAAUUUAAGCUUUUUAGAGGAAUCAGACCAUUUGGCUCAGCUCAGUUAAAGGAGCCGGCUCUUUUUUCUCCUUUAUGGAUUUGUAUUUGAUACCGUAUUCAUUUUUAUCGAGUCAAUUAACGCCAGCAUUUGGCGGAGGUUUUAUCAUGGAUUUGUCUUAAAUUGUGCUUAAAUUUCAGUACAUGAAACUUUCAAUCAAAUGUUCUUCCAGAUUGCCCCGGUUUUUUAAAAUGUCUCUCAGGCCAAAUGAAACUAUCUUGUUUGCUAACAGUGUUUUUAUUUGUUUAAGUGAUUCUUUACAGCCACAAAAAAGAGUUAGUUGUUAGAUCCGGCUCGUCCCCGAACGACACAUCGUGGCGGGUCCAGCCCAGGCAAGUCCUGCAGAGAAGUCUCCAGUCAGUAUCCCCUCGUUCAGAGAUGAAACAGCAGACCUGGGAUCUCAUCUCGGCGAUAACGGAGCGAUUUGAAUUAAAGUGAUGCUGUUUAUUUCCCCGAGUUUAUUCAAGAUGGAGGAUGAAAAUGAACACCAAAGUUGAGGAAGUGAUGAAAAGGGUAAAAAACAAGCAUGGCCACAGCUGAAGAACCUGGCCAGCCACCUGAGACUUGGACUGAAUCUCAAGUGAGCACCUGGCUGAGAUCCAUUGGAGUGAAGGAGAAGUAUGUUGAAAAACUUUAUGAGGAAGAAGUAAAUGGACAUAUCCUUCUGAAAUUAAACGAGGACUUUUUAAAGGCAAAGAUUUGCAUGAAGUCAGGGCCAGCUCAUUUGAUUAUUGAAGAGAGAGAUGAGCUCGUCAAAUCAAAGCAGAGGGAAGGGAAGCAAGAGAAGAAAAAGCCAAGCAGUGCUAAAAAAACAGAACUGGAGCAAGAAUCAGUUCAGAGUGUGCCUACAUCAAGUGAGGGCCCUCCUGCACAGAUAUGUGAGAGAGUUGAUGUCUCAAAAAAGAGACAAAGUUCAAACUUAAAGGAAGACUGCAGACCUCGACCAUUUGAUCAAGAAGGAAUAGAUUUCAUAUACGUGAAGCACAGAGUCCUACAAGCAGAAUCAGGGGCUUUUAAUCUGAUAUCUCCUUGCCAUGAGUUCAAGUCGUUUGCAGUGGCUGCUGAAUUGGAUCGCACAAGACUCCAAGCAAAGUUUGCAAAGGAAGUCCUUAAAUUUGCAGUUGGCUGUAUGAAUAUCAGAUCAAAUGGCACCAUACACUUUGGUGUGAUGGAUAGCAAAGAGGAUGCAGGAUAUGUUCAUGGUGAGAUAAUUGGUGUCCCUGUGAAAGAGAGAGACAUGUUUGUUGAUGCUUUGGACUACAUUGAAAGAUGCUUCUCCUCUGACAAGGAGCAAAUACGCCAGUGUGUGCGGCCACCACGGUUCAUUGAAGUUUUGGAUAGAGACAGUACAGAAAAGAGAUUUGUGGUAGAGGUUGACAUUGUGCCUUCAAUAAGUAUUGUCAAGAGCAGGGUGUAUGCAGUUCGUCUGCCAAACUUCAAAGAGUCAGCUAACAAAGUGGAACUGGAAAAAGAAGUGAUUCUUCGGAGGGUGGGUUCAAAAACCGAGCCAGUGAACGACAAAGACCUGAGUGAUUUUUACCAGAGAGUCCAAGACCGGGAUGCACAAAGAGAAGAAGCUGAGAGAAUGAAGUUCUUUAGUGCCCCUGAGAUCUGCCAAGACCUUGGAAGGAAACUAACAAUGCUGAUGACAAGUGGGAAGAAAUUCAUUGAGAAAGAGAAGUGGUUCAUACUUGUCACAAAUAAAUUCCCACAAGACGAACUUUGCAACAUUGAAUGGCUGCUCAACUUGAACAUAUUCUGUGUUUUUGACUUUGACCCAGAUUCCAAGAUAUCAGGUCUUUGCUGCAAAUACCUUGAGCAUCACGCAGCAAACAUGCACUCUCUGCAGAGUUACAGGAUUUCUGGGGACAUGAGCAUCAAGGAAUUCACAACACACUUGCAUCUGUUUGAGCAGACCAGCUGGAUCUUUUGUAAUGGCCAAACUGACUUCAAAGGAACUGAAACUCCAUGUGAUGAAAUGACUUGGAUCAAGACUAAAAUGACUCACCUGCGGGACUCUGUGUCCUUAAUCUGCAAACAGAUUUUGCCAAAAGGAACUUUCCAGGUCAUUUUCCUUGUCACAUCCCCGGUUGAGAAACCACUCUUGCACACCUUUACUGUGUUUUUUACUGACAUGGAAGGGCAUGAGGAUAUAAUGUGCAUCUGUCCAUCCCAGGAAGACUUCCAGAAGUGGCAAAGCUUUGCAGAGGGGUCAUGUGGACCACAAACUGUGAACAACUCAAGUGUGGUCGGGAUGAGAAUGAGUCACGUUAAUGCCACUCUGCUGCAAGUGCAACCCUUCAAAGCAUGUGCCAGGAAACACUUGCCAGUCUUUGUAAAAGGGACAUGUCUUCUUGAAACACACAAAGAAGAGCAGAUGUAUUCCCUGGAGAUUCUGACUGUGGAUCAUUGUGAUGAAACCAGUAAAGACUUCAUCACUGAGGAGAAAGCAAACAUUGAACACCAAUUCUACCGUGGUGGGAGAGUGACCUGGUUGAACUUCUGGCUUGCUGAGCACAAGUAUGUGGGAGAGGUGAUUGAAAGAGAUGCCUAUCAUGAAGUUUCCAAACUUCUCCAUGAUGUCUUGAAAAGGAAUCCAGAUGAAACUCCAGUCAGCAGUAUAAAUAUCUUUCAUCAUCCAGGAAGUGGUGGGAGCACUGUGGCAAGACAAGUGCUCUGGAACAACAGAAAAGAUCUGAGGUGUGCAGUUGUGAAACCCUCAUACUCAGCUUCUGUUGUUGCACAACAUGUAGUUGAACUGAGAGAGUAUGAAGAGCAAGAUCUGCAGAAGUGUCUUACGGUGUUGCUUCUCAUUGAAGACUCUGACAAAGACUAUCUAGAUGAUCUCAAAAAUGAACUAGAGGUUGCUGUUAACACCAAAAGAAUCCAGUAUGGAGCUCCAUGCUUCAUUUUGUUGAGCUGUAGACGUUCCCAUGAUCCAGAGAAGAAAUGCAGGGAAUCCCUGUUACAGAACGUGUCUGUCACUCACAAAUUGUCUGAGCAAGAGCAGAGAAUGUUUUCUGGGAAACGAGAUGCACUUGAAGAACAAUAUAAACCUGAAUUUAUCCUGACUUUUGUCCUGAUGAGUGAAGGGUUCAGCAGGGAUUAUAUUCAAAGUUUUGUGGAGCAUUUGCUUCAAGGCAUUGACCACCAAUCUACCGUCACUCGACUCAUCCUCUAUGUGGCACUGUUGAACACAUAUGUUCAAAACUCUUUCAUCUCCCAGUCUCAUUGUGAAGCCCUGCUUGCUCUAACCAUUCACCUGGAAAGGUUUCGCCAGCACGAGUUCGAGAAAUCCCUCAGCCCUCAGGCCAAACUGGUCUUCUUACACCUCAGAGAUGAAAAGACACACAUUGAAUCGAUCAGAAUCAUCCACCCACUUGUUGCCAAGGAAAUUCUCCAACAACUUUUGGGGAAAAAGACCCAAAGCAGUUGUGCAAUGAAUUUGCUCUCUGAGGAUGUGUUAUUUGAACACAGAUUUGGAAGGGAUGAGUACUUGUCAUUCCUGAGAGCACUUUUCAUAAGAAGAGCAAGAGUAAGCAAAGGAGAUGAAUAUGAUAGUUUUUUCUCUCCUCUGAUUGAGCAUGUAUGUGACAAGGAGAAAAGCCCAGACAAAGCAAUUGAGUUGCUCAAAGAAGCAUUCCAGCGUUUCCAUAAAAAUCCGUUCUUUGCUCAACAACUUGCUCGUCUUCAUUAUACUUAUGAAAAGUUUGAAGAUGCAAAAUACUGGGCAGAGACUGCAGCCAAACAGCAGCCAAACAACUCGUACAUACUCGAUACAAAGGGACAAGUGUACAGGAAGUGGUUUCAAGCAAAAUGCAAGACCAUUGACAGUGACAAUGUUCCAAAGACAGCCCAAAAUACGGCAGAUGCUGUAGAGACUGCACUAAAAGCCCUGGAGUGUUUUCAGGAGUGUGAGAAAGCUGCCAAAGCAGAGAUGGAAGAAUUGAAUAAUUCAGGAUUUUUUUCUGAAGUUGAGGUUGGCUGCAGUCUUCUCAAACUGAUCUCUUCAUUGGACAUGUUUGCAAACAGAACCAAUGGUCAUUCAGAGUGCAUGAAAUACCUGGUAACAGAUUACAUUCCUGAAGAAGUCAAAGAUGCCUGGGAACCAUUUCAUCAGCGACUGAAAAAUCUUCACAAAACAAUGCAAGAUGCCUUGGAGUGGAUUUCAGAAGACCUCAGUUACUUUCAGACAGACAUUGAUGAAGAUGACGAAGAGACCCCAGAAAGUCCUGAAGAGAAGAUCAGCCAACCACUGAAAUGGUUGGCGAAAAAAUCUUCAGAGUAUGGGAAGUACUUCAGUGAAGCUGACUUCAAUAAACUUCGGGGACAAUCAAUCCCAGCCAUUCUUACUCCAUUCCAAAAACGGAUGGUCAUCUACCAUCUAGGUGGCGGUAACGUGACAUCAAUCCUCUCAAAGCUAACAGACCAGAGGGAUGCAGUACACCUCUUAGAAAACAUCCUCUCUCUGUAUCCCAGCAAUCCACUGAAGGCCAAAUUUGGUCAAAGGGAUAUUGUCAAUUACAUCACAGCCCACAUUACACUGAACUGCCUUUCACCAGAAACUCCAAAGGUAGCUCCUUUGGCAACUUUACAGGCACUUUGUCGUCAGUUUCCAUCUGACAAAAGAAGAUGCUUACCAAGUGCCCUGUUCCUGCUCACUUUGCUUUUCUGGCCAGAAGAUCAUGACAUGGACCUGGAGAAAGAAAACAAAUACGAAGUUGUGCAGUCAGCAGUUGAACACUUGGAUAAAGACUACUGGAUCAAGAUGAAGGAUGUUCCUCAAAGGAAAAGAAGGCUUUACACCCAUUUUUUUCUGGGUAGUGGGAAUGGAUUGAAUAAAUUUGUUCACAAGAAAAAGUUUGAAAGUGUCACAAAGGUGUUCUCAGUUUCUGAGAAACGGUUGAAGUGGUUCAGAGGUGAGGCCUGGAAAAAGCCCGAGAUUGCCACGAUGCUGAAACGUGUGUCUGGAUGGACUGAAGAUGGUAAAGUAUAUCUCGAUGGCCCCAAGAAAAAGAAGUUCCAUAUCCUACCUCUUCAUGUACGUUCAGUUCCUCAUAGCAAUGAAAACAUCACAUUCUACCUUGGCUUUACCUUCAGAGGCCCUGUUGCCUGCAACAUCAUUGUAAACGAAUAGUUUGCCUUUGAACCAUGAUCCUGUCAAACGGGGCCGUUUUUUCAACUUGAUUGAGCAUCAGGCAAGCAUUGACUCUUUGAACAGAAAGACAAAAAUAAAAGUCUUCAAGCACAUCGAAUGGCAUUAGUAUGCACCUGUCUAGAUGUAUGUACAUUGGACUUUGCUAGGAAUUAAUCCUGACUCCAUGCCUGUAAAAAAAAUAGACUGGAUUUUUUAUUUUAUGGCUCAUUGCUUCUUAAAUAGAAGCUUUAUAUCAUUGUAGUCGUAUGUAUUCUAAUUUUUCACUAUUGGAUUCAAAAGAUAUCUCAGGAGAUUUGUACUUAAAUUUUGCCUUGAAGACAUUUGUUGUUAAUGUUGAAACUAAAGGACUGCUAAAGAGAUUUGAAGUAUCUGGUACUUCACAUUAAGGGACUUAAAAGUGAGCUUAUGGAACCUUAAAUACUGCUGGCAGUGCAGUAGAAAUACACUUCUACUGCACUGCCAGUUAAUUUUUUGUUUCUA